AUGUCGUCGAGACGAACACCUAGGGGAGAGUACAUCGAGACGGACACAGGCAACAAGGUCGCUCGAAAGGCGACUCUGGUCGGCACGCAGAACAUCAUGCUCGGCGGAAAGACGGUCAUUAUGCAGGAUGCCAUGAUCAGAGGCGACCUCGCCCGUACCGCCCUCACCGCCAGCUCCAGCUCCGGCUCUGGUGCGGCCCCGGCCAACAACACCGCCAUCGCCAUCGGCCGCUACUGUUUCCUCAGCAAGGGCUGCUGUCUGCGCCCUCCUGGCCGCAUGUACAAGGGCGUCUUCACCUAUAUGCCCCUCCGCAUGGGCGACCACGUCUUUGUCGGCGAGGGUACCGUCGUCCAGGCCGCGACUAUCGGCUCCCACGUCUACAUCGGUAAUAAUACUGUUAUCGACGAGUUUGCCAUCGUUAAGGACUACGUCCGCAUCCUCGACGGCACCGUCGUCCCGCCCAACAUGGUCAUCCCCAGCUUCACCAUCGUCGCUGGCCAGCCCGCCCGCGUCGUCGGCGAGAUCCCAGAAGGUGAUCACGACCAGUUUGAGCUCAGGGAGCUCUACAAGACUGUCGGGAACAACCCUCAGCCCUUGCAUGUAUGA